AUGAUGGACGACGACCAAACAUACCUCCUACUCCUCCUCUCCGACAGCAAUCUUCCGACAGGCUCUUUUGUCGCCUCCUCCGGUUUUGAAUCAUAUAUCAAACAUGGAUUCGGUGGAACAAGAGAUGACAAAUCAAAUGGGACGGAUAGAACAACGACCUUCAUGAGCGAUAGUAUCAGCGCUUACGCGCGUUCUGCUCUUCCGUUUGUUUCCGAUGCUCAUCGGGUGGUUCAGGGUGCAACGAUCGAAGAGGAUGUUGAUGAUGGAGGAGAUUCAAAGUCCGAGGGAUAUUUAGAAGGGUAUCUUCGGAAGAUUCAAGAAUUGGAUGAUCUCUACGAUGUAAUGACAUUGAACCAUGUAACGAAGCGCGCUUCAAAGUCGCAGGGUGUCGCUCUGCUCACCUUGUACUCCAAAGGUUUCUCAAAUCCUUAUUCAGCAACAUCGACGUCUACGAUGACCUCUCUAAUUACGAGGUACAAGACACUCGUGCGAGCUGAGCGCACUCCUGGACAUCUACCAAUCUGUUGGGGAAUAUUGACGGGUGCUUUGGGAUUAACUUUAGAACGCUCCCUAUAUCUCCACAUAUUCCUCCACGCCCGUUCUCUUCUCUCCGCUUCCGUACGUUUAAACGAAAUCGGACCGUACAAUGCCCAACAAAUCCUCUUACACGUUUCGCGAGGGAUCAUCAAGACGGAGGUGGAUAAGUGUAAAGAUUUGCGUACGGGAAUAAACCUGAGCAUGAACCUCGAGUCCGAAGAUCCGGGAUAUUUGCACGAAGGACCUGCGAAUACAUGGCCUUUAGGUGAAAUCCUCGCUGCAAGGCAUGACUUACAACACUCGCGAAUCUUCAAUUCAUAG